ACCCUACAAAAUCUCGGGAACAAAUUUUUUUAUAAGCAAAAGAGUAGCACAAGGCUGUAGCUGCUGAGCGCGCAACUGUAAUAGAAUAGUACAAUGUUGUCGCUGACAUUUUCUCCGCACGCAUUUCAGUUUACUCGGAAAUUCCUAACUUUCCCGGCGAAGCUUUGUCGCUUCUCUUCGUCACAAAGAAACCCUAGGAUUCUCACUUCCUCUGUGAACUCCAUUGAUUAUGAUGGCAUAAAUUCUCCUCUUCCAGGAAUGGAGGAUUCUUUGAUUGGCUAUAUGUUUGGCAAGAAGAAGGCUACAGAAGUUGCUCACUUGGUAUGGAAACAUGUUGUCCAAAAAGGGGAUAUGGUUGUUGAUGCCACUUGUGGUAAUGGUUAUGAUACCUUGGCAAUGACCAAAAUGGUUGCUGAUGAGUCAGGUAGGGCUCGUGUUUAUGGAAUGGACAUUCAGAAAGAUGCUUUAACCAGUACUUCUUGGCUGCUGGAUGCGUCACUCACUCCACUUGAGAAAGAACUUGUGAAGCUUUUUGACAUUUGUCACAGUAGAAUGGAGGAAGUUCUUCCAAAGGGCGCCCCAGUGAGGCUUGUUGCUUUCAACUUGGGCUAUCUUCCGGGGGGUGAUAAAGCAAUAACUACAAUGUCAGGAACUACACUGCAAGCCCUGGAGGCUGCAACAAGAAUACUGGUACCUGGAGGACUUAUCAGCAUAGUGGUCUAUGUGGGGCAUUCCACUGGAAGGCAUUCUUCUUAUUCUUCCCUGCUGCCCAGAUUAAUAUGCCUAAGAAAUGCGUUUGAGGCUGUGCUUGCAAAGCUUACAGUUAAGCUAUUUGUUGGUUCUUUCUGUCCAUUCUAGAAAAAUAAAAACCAAGGCAAAAGCAAAAACAGAUGAUGCACGAGGCUGUAAAAGGAGAGUCCAUUCACCCUUUCUUCUCAAUUUAAUAUUGUUUAUUUUUAGUUAUUACUGAUGCAGUUGUUAUCAUUUUCAAAUUUCAUUUUCAAUGAGAUUUUGUCUUCUGCUCCUGACCAUCCAGGGAGGAAUUUGAGGCUGUUGAAGGUUUUGCUUCUGGAUUAUCUGUUGAGAAUUGGAGUUGCUGCAAGUUCCAAGCGUUGAACCGUCCAUUGGCUCCUAUGCCUAUUUUCUUAUUCAAGAGAUGAUCUGUAAUUCUAUUUUUCAGACGCCAUUGGCUGUUAUGUAAUCAAUCGUAGACGGGGUGUUCGUUGGAUUCAAUUUCCUCAUAACGAGUCUCGUAAAAAAAAAAAUGGGGAAUAUUUAUGUUUCCUGUUUUUCCA